AUGUCUAAACAGUUAAAGAAUUCCAAUAUAAACGAUUAUCAGGACACUGAGAACACACAGAACGACGAUAGUAACACAUCAACAAGUUCCAGUGAUUUUGAGUACAGAAGAAAACACAAAUUACGUCGUAAAUGCGAUCGAAAUGUGUCGUUUCAUUAUCAAGCGUUGCCCAUGCGUAUAGUUGGCGAUAAUUCCGUCAAAAUAGUCGAUAUUCCAAGCUCUUCUCGAGAUAUAACACUAAACUCUGCGCAGAUAAUCGAGGAUAGUUCCGAUUCGGAAUUUCAUAUUUCAAACGAUACUAGCAAUGAUGAGCCGGCCAACAAGCCCAUAACUUUUACAGCACGUGCAUUAGAAAAGCCCGAUUUGAAAUUUAUAAGAAAACUACGUAAACGAAAGUACAAAACAAAUAAAACUUUGUAUAUAGAAUGACA